AUGAAGAUGCAAAUAGAUUCAUUCUAUUUAUUAUUAUUUGGAUUUACCUACUUCAAUCGAAAUUGUGACUCGAUUAGCAAAGAUUUGUCAGAACAUGUAUGCAGAAAAAGUGGCUCAGAACUUAUUUGUAAGUUCAUACCAAGUGAUAUUCCAGACGGAGUGAAGUCAGUUCAUCUUAUUAAUAUAUAUGUGCCUGGCAGAAUCAUAGAAAAGGGAACGUUUUCAUCGGAUAAGUGGGGAAAAGUAAAAGAAUUAGAAAUUUCUUCAGAAAGACGGUGGACUCAAAACCAUGAUACUGUGGAAAAAUUCGAUUCCUUGUGUUUUGAUGGAUUAAAGAACCUUGAAAAAUUGCACAUAAGUAUAUCAAGUUCUGUUGAGUUUACACCGGAGACGCUCAGAGGACUCCCUAAUUUAAAACUUCUGGAUUUGUCAGGUUGUCGCCGAUUUGAUAUCGAUAACCUAAUAACUGCUUUGAACGACGGUGAAGCUGUGCCUAACUUACAAAGUCUUAAUCUAUCACUAUUGAAUAGCUUCCGUAAUGGGAACAGGCUCACUGACAAAUUUUUCAAACUUAUUUCAAACAAAAAGUUAAAAGAACUUGAUAUCAGCUCAAUGCAAAUAUUGUUCAUGAAUAUAACAUCAUUUGCAGAAAACUGUGCGACGUUGGAAUAUGUCAACAUAUCAAAAAUGAUGUUAAGCGAUUAUACACAUGACCAUGUAGCCCGGUAUUGUCGUAAUCUGAAAUAUAUAGAUGCAAGUUACAUAAUAUUACCAUCAACGGCCUUCCCAGAUCGCGGUCCUACGACAAAGAUUUUUUCCAACAUAUUCAUACCGUUCGACCUUAACUGGACACCGAUAAGACUACUAUCAAACAUUGAACAUAUAAAUUUAUCGGGAUUAACACCAAAACAGACUAGAAUCUUAAUUAAAAACGUUUCAGUGCACAUAUUUAGUAUAAGCAGAUUCAAUCUUAGAACACUAGUAUUAAGAGACAACAAUUUUGAAAGACUGGAUAUAAAAGUUGUCUCGCGGAAGUCAAAAUUAGAAUCAAUUGACUUGUCAAGCUGCAAUAUUCGCUAUCUUCGACCAGAGUUAUUGUCAAGUUUUACAUUACUGGCACAUAUUGACAUAUCAAACAAUCACCUGAAUGAUAUGAUGAUCGAGGAUGCCGAUAUGUUUAGUAAUGUCUUCCGCAACUUAACACAGUUAAGUUAUGUUAAUCUGGCUGGCAAUCACCUUACACAUUUGCCACGUGAUAUUUUUAGAUAUAAUUCUCAAAUGGAAAUAAUUGAUUUAUCGAAUAAUUUGCUAACGCAAGUGUCAUUUGAUGUAGAAAGACUGAAGAAAGUUAAAAUGGUUAAUUUGGCAGGAAAUAUGAUAAAAAUACUCAAUGCUGCUUCGAUGGCUAGACUUAGUAGUUUACUAAAUACAAAUAACAGAAGAAAUAAUUCAACGAUGGAGCGUUUGCUAAUUCUGAAUGGAAAUCCAAUCAAUUGUUCAAGUUGUGACUCCCUUUCCUCUAUAAAAUGGCUCGUUCAUUCAGAGUCUGUGGUUAAAGGUUUCUCUGCACUGGAAUGUCUGGAUGAGAAUGCCGACAAAGUUGGAAUAGAUCAAAAUGUUAUAGACAAUGUUCAAAUAAUUUGCAACAAGCCAAAAGUGAUAAUAAUGUCAUGUAUUGCUGUUGUUUUUACAAUCGCAACAGUUAUGAUUUUGGCAUUGGUAAUGCGAUACCGCCGUCGUCGUCGGCAGUACAAACUGGAAAUGGAAGACCGUGUUGCACUCAUCAGACAAGGUGCUGAAUCACAUCAGUUUGUAGUAUUUCUAUCAUACAGCAGUAAGUGA